CCGGCGGCCUCUCCCUCCGGCACGGCGUGCCCCAGGCCCGCUUCCCCUUUACCCUCCCUUCCACCUUACGCGGCGCCCGACGAGGCACGAGGCGCUCGGGAGACUCAGGCCACCCCGAGCUCAGGUCCGAAACGUUUCCAGAGCUCACGUCGUUCCUCAGCUCCGCCACUCGCGAAGAGACCGCAACUGAGCUACGGCCUCGGGGAACAGUCCAGGCAAACGCUGAAGCGUCGGCCUGGGCUAGGUGCAGGGCUGGACUCGGCGGGGAGAGCACCCGGAGGGCCUGGCAUGUCGACCCCGUCCCCACCACAUUGGUCCAUCCAGCACAGCUCAAGUGAGCACGCACUGUAUGCCUGGCCCGAGAGCAGCCCAGUCCCAGGCCAGGUCUCCUUGCACUCCAUGAGCUCCCUGUUUACCCGGGAGACACCUUACAGGAAGAGCAUGAGUUCAGAGAGUGGUUUGGAACAAGAAGAAACGAACUACGGUGGGGUGCUGUGACGGGAGGAGAAGGAACGGACAGGCGGAAAGCGAAGCCGUGCGGGGGGUCACAGGCGCGGGGCGGCGCGGCACGAGGGGGUUAAGUCGCAGGGCUGGCUGGGAAGUAGUCCCGGCCGGGCGCCCGGCCCCGCCCCUGCAGGGCGGAGGGACGCAUCACGCAGGGGUGGGGAAGCUGGAUCCGUGCGCAGGGUUGCUAAGGGUGAAACUUUUCAUUGACUUUGCUCACUUCGGGCCGGGCCGCGGGAAGGUGCGGGUCGUCGGCGGAUAGAAGCGAGUGGCUCGGACGACGGGGGGGCCAGAAGGGUAGGACUGUCCGCCGGCCACAGCCCGGGCCGUCGUCCGCCCCACAAUACGAGCCACCAUCCGGUCCGCCAUCCCCGCGCCGUCGCCGCCGGCCGGCCCGCCCUCUGUCCCCGCGCCGCCGAGCCCAACCUCCAAAAAGCUGAGAGAAUUAUUAUCGAGACUCAUAGCCCAUAACCCCCCCUUUCACCCCAACCCUCAACAAAGGAAAGGACACAGCGGCCCCCGGUCCGGCGGCGCCCGGGAAGGAAGGGAGAGUGACCUCCGCCCCGCGCCCAGGACCAGCCUGGAGGGAGAAGCCGCCCCGCGACCCGCAGACGGCCCCGCCGCCGCGGAGACCUGAGUGAAGCCAUCUGGAUCCCAAGCCUGCACACCUUAUAUCUCCUGCCACUGCCCUGGCCUGUGUGCCUGCCCUGUGCUGAUUCUCUGUCUAGGAAAGGACCAUGCAGCUGGAGAUCAAAGUGGCCCUGAACUUCAUCAUCUCCUAUUUGUACAACAAGCUGCCCCGGCGCCGGGCAGACCUGUUUGGGGAAGAGCUAGAGCGGCUUUUGAAAAAGAAAUACGAAGGCCACUGGUACCCUGACAAGCCACUGAAGGGCUCUGGCUUCCGCUGUGUCCACAUUGGGGAGAUGGUGGACCCGGUCGUGGAGCUGGCCGCCAAGCGGAGUGGCCUGGCAGUGGAGGAUGUGCGGGCCAAUGUGCCUGAGGAGCUGAGCGUCUGGAUUGACCCUUUUGAGGUAUCCUAUCAGAUUGGUGAGAAGGGGGCUGUGAAGGUGCUGUACCUGGAUGACAGUGAGGGCUGUGGUGCCCCAGAACUGGACAAAGAGAUCAAGAGCAGUUUCAACCCUGAUGCUCAGGUGUUUGUGCCCAUCGGCAGCCAGGACAGCUCCCUGUCCAACUCCCCAUCACCAUCCUUUGGCCAGUCGCCCAGCCCCACCUUUAUCCCCCGCUCUGCCCAGCCCAUCACCUUCACCACUGCCUCCUUCGCUGCCACUAAAUUUGGCUCCACUAAGAUGAAGAAGGGUGGUGGGGCAGCAAGUGGUGGGGGUGUGGCCAGCGGCGGGGCAAGUGGCCAGCAGCCACCACAACAGCAGCCUCACGUGGCCCGCUCACCCACCAACAACUUGCUGAAGCACAAGAGCCUCUCUCUGUCUAUGCAUUCACUGAACUUCAUCACAGCCAGCCCGGCCCCCCAAUCCCAGCUCUCACCUAAUGCCAAGGAGUUCGUGUACAACGGCGGUGGCUCACCCACCCUCUUUUUUGAUGGGGCCGAUGGCCAGGGCAGUGGCACCCCAGCCCCCUUUGGGAGCAGUGGGGCUGGCACCUGCAACAGCAACAGCUUCGACAUGGCCCAGGUAUUUGGAGGUGGCACCAACAGCCUCUUCUUGGAGAAGACACCCUUUGUGGAAGGCCUCAGCUACAACCUGAACACCAUGCAGUAUCCCAACCAGCCGUUUCAGCCCGUUGUGCUGGCCAACUGACCAUCCACCCGCCCUCAGGGCCAGGAGCACCCAAGACCACAGAAAAGAGAAAGGAAAGGAAAGGCCAAAAAAAGAGGAAAAGAAAAAUGUACAAAAAGAUUUUCAAUCUUCUCUCAUUUCUAGAAAAAAGAUCCAGCCCAGGCAUGGAGUGGGAGGGGGCUCCAGAAGCACCAAAUUGUGUUUAACUCAAUCCCCCUACUGUUUCCCUGCCUGCCUCUGAUUUAUUUUGUUGGUUUGGGUUUUAUAUUUCUUUUUUUUCUUUUUUUUCCUUUUUUUUUUUUUUUUUUACAUGUUUUCUAUAUAACAUCUUUAAUUAGUGGCUUCCUGUGCUAAGAAUGGUCCAGAUGUGAAUUGCUGCUCCCUGCUCCCUCCGUCCCUCUUUCACACACCUGGUUUAAGAUUGGUGUGUCCAAGCUCACAGGGAAGGAAGAACUACAGCUGGGACCUGACCCUCCCCAGAAUAUGGAGAGGCUGGCCCCAUCUCACUGCCUCUGUCACCCAGCUAUCCUCUCACUCAAAGCCAUCCAACUUCAGCAGGCUUUCUCAGACCCUGCCACCCAAAUAGGUCUGAUCCCAGCCCCCACUCCCUUUUAGGCUGGGCUGCAGGGAGCUGCCAGCUGGUCACUUGACACCCUCCCCCUAGAGCUGAUGUCUGUGACUACAGGGAGGUUAGCACUUUGUCUAGUUGAAUUCCUUUCAUCUCUGUCCUGUGGCCCCACUCAACCAUCCCCUCCUGCCCCAGAUGACCGUCAUGGCCCUGGAGACCCAGCCAUUGACACAUGUGGCCUCUUUCUCUCAUGCAGCCCCUUCCUCCCUGGGCCUGAGGUGGAUAGGGAGGUAGGGUGUGGGUGUGUGCAUGUGCACAUUUGUGUGCAUGCCUGGUUUGCUGUCCUGUUUUAAAGGAUUCCAAGCCAUGUGGAUCCCUUCCCCUCUGGAUGUGAUUCGGGGUUGCAUCAAAUGCUUAUUUACGUAUGAGGUUGGGGAAUGGGCCAGGGGCAGGUUGUUAGUCCUUUUGUAGGGUAGUGCACGUGGCGGGGUGACACUGCAGCUGAGCCUAAGACCCUCCCAGGGGAAAGCACUGCAUGAAGAACUGGUUUCUAGACUACAGAGGGAUCUGCACUUUUGUUUUUGACCAAAAAAAAAAGAAAGUUAGCUCUUAAGGGCCGAGGGAAUACUCAAGCCUCUGAUGCCUAAAAGAGGUCCCUGAACUUUGACCCUCCUGUCAUGUGACCUUAGCCCAGAGUGGGAGCUGCUCACCCAAGCAACCUUGGGUGGGUGAGGGGCGGGGGCAGGGAGGCAGGAUGGGAGUUUGGAGUCAGUGCCUGUAGUAGGCAGUCCUGAGCCUUGAAUUGAGACUUUUUGGUCUUUUGGUUGUAGAUGUUAUUUUAGUACAUUUGUGCCCCUGUCUGAUUGAGAGCUUCUCGGUACCUCUUGCCAUCCCCUUUCAUUGCCCUGACCCAACCCCACUGGACCUUGAUGCUGCGAGGAGUGGUCUCUUGGGCAAGCCAGGCUGGACAGGCACUUGGCCCUCCUGGCCAUGUAUUUGGAUUGUGUAAGAGCACUCGCUCCCCUUCCUCUACCAGAGAGAGGUUGUUUCUCCCAAUCCUAGGGGGCCAGCUUCCAUGACAUAAUGCUUUGGCAAGCGGGGCACUUGGCAUCAGGACCCCAUUACCAGGAAGCACCAAAGCCCCUCACCACACCCCGUUCUCCCCAGGGACCCCAAGUGGGCAACUGCUGUGGCAGUGGGUCUGGCCCAGACUGACACUGCCAGCCUCCUCCCUGUAAUGGGCACCAGCUCUACCUCCCCCAGCAGGGCAAUGCCCUGGCUUUUCUUGGCCCACCACCAUCUGUCCCCCUAGGCUUCUCAGGGGCCAGCUCAGUCUGGGCUACCCUUUUCCCAGUCCUCGUUCCCACACAGGUGACAGGUCCAAGCAGAUAGCGUCUCUCUGGGAAUGGUUGGAUGCUGCCUUAUCCCUCCUUCCAGCCCCUCCCCACACACGCACACAGGUACCCACCCACGCCCAGGUCGGCUUGUUUCUCACCAUGUGUAGGGAGGGGGAAGACCAACCCCUCUGUAUCUGUUGAAAUACAAAGAAAACAUCAGGAACACGACUCCAUCUCUGGGCUCUUGGGCCCAGUUUAGUCUGUCUUGUCUCAAAUCUAGGCAUUUUUGCUUCAAUUUUAUUUUUUUUAAGAAAACAACAAAAAUCUGCACUAAAUUACCUGGUUUCAUAGGAAAACUUUUUUUUUCAUUUUUUACAUUUUUUGGUGUCCGUUUGUAUUGAAUAAUUUGCUACAUUUGUAAAAUGUAAGAGGUAUAUAUAAUAUAUGUAUAUUUCUAACGUAAAAACUGUAAUUUUUUUCUUUUCAAGAUUUUUUCUUAAAAAGAGGAGAGAAACAGAUAUUUUUUCAGGAAAAACAAACUUUAAAAUAAAAAAAGAGGAGAAUAAAACCUUUUCUCCCCUUUUCCCCAUCCUCUCUCUAUCCCUCUUUCCCAGGAACAGGCCGAAAGGUGGAUUAUCUUGUAAAGAAUGUAAACUCUUAGUCCGGAAUGAUGUCUUUUUUCCUCAAUGCGGUGAGCUAUAGAUUGUCUUGUUUUCUCUGUAGGGAUGGGAAGGGGGCUUUGAGACAAACAUGGAGAGGAGCCAGGGGAGCAGGGUAAUGAACCUUUUUUUUUUUUUUUUUUUUUAGUGAAGGAAGAAUACAAUCAAGCGUUUUGUAUUCAGAAUGUUGUGCAAUAUUUUGGAAUGGGACAUUGGUGUGUUUAGAGAUUUAGUUUAAAAACAAAACAAAAAGAUUGAUCAAAUCUGUACAGUUUAUAUUGUUCCAGAUUUUUUUAAGUUUGUAUUAAAAGCAUGAUAUAUAAAUAGC